UCUUUUCUCGUUCCUUCGCUCUCCCUCAAGCUCAGGGGUUCACGGCUGUACACGAGGUCUCACCGGUAACUUGUAACAAUGGGCUUUGGUGAUCUCAAAACACCCGCUGGACUCAACGUUCUGAAUGAGUUUCUGGCAGACAAAAGUUACAUCGAGGGGUAUGUGCCCUCUCAGGCUGAUGUUGCAGUGUUUGAUGCCCUGUCUGGUGUCCCCUCUGCUGACCUAUGCCAUGCUUUGCGGUGGUACAACCACAUCAAGUCUUACCACAAGGAGAAAGGCAGCCUUCCAGGUGUGAAGAAGCCUCUCAGUCAGUACGGCCCUGCUGGUGUGGAGGACACAACUGGAGCAGCUCCUGCGGCGGCUGAUGAAGACGACGACGAUGACAUCGAUCUGUUCGGUUCUGAUGAGGAAGAGGAUGAGGAAACCAAAAAGAUCAAGGAGGAGAGGCUUGCAGCAUACAAUGCAAAGAAGGCAAAGAAGCCUGCACUUAUCGCCAAGUCUUCCAUUCUGCUGGAUGUCAAGCCCUGGGAUGAUGAAACCGACAUGGCCAAGCUUGAGGAGUGUGUCCGCAGCAUUCAGUUGGAUGGUUUAGUUUGGGGACAGUCUAAACUGUUGCCUGUCGGCUAUGGCAUCAAGAAGCUGCAGAUUGCCUGUGUUGUGGAAGAUGAUAAAGUUGGAACAGACCAGCUGGAGGAACUGAUCACAGCCUUUGAGGACUAUGUGCAGUCCAUGGAUGUGGCAGCCUUCAACAAGAUCUAAAACCCCACCGAACAAAGCAUUAUUCCAAUAAAAGCACUUCAAAUGCA